GUGUACAAUAUAAAGUGUGAUUAUGCUGUUCUUGCCAGACAUGUGACGGUGUCGAAUUUAAUACAAAUUAAUUGUUUCGGUAUUUUCGCUGUAUAACUACGUGCGCACGUACAAAAUUAACGAUGCUUGACGGAAGAGAAUUUACAAUUAAAAUUUCCUAUGAUUGAAUUGACAAAAUUAUUUUUUUCAAUGUGCAACCUUUAACGUCUGAUGACGUAACGCAAUUAUAUACAAAUUGUAACACUAGCGAAAGAACUUUGGACAAAGCAUGCGAUUGCCUUUUACUGAGAUAUGUACGACAAUUGCGAAUUAAUGUGUUUAUGUUUGUUAUCGUUUCAGUAAAAGACCCCCCUAAAUAAAAAUAUUGCAUAAUCCUGCCAUUUUGCAAUGUUCGAUAUAUCGGCCACGUCGUUCUUAUCAUUAAAACAACUUGUAAAAACCGGAAAAAAUAAUCAAUGAUUGUGUGUUAUUAACGAGCUCGUUAAGGAAUAAACCCGGAUUCUUAGUUUCCAAUAACGCAAAUUCCACCAGGCACGCACUCCUCGCCCGAUUUCUCGUCUUCGAUCCAUUGUCGGUACCAACCUGUGCACUGAUUUAUGCCUCGAUCAAUAAUUUCAUUGCUGGGCUACAAAACGUCAGAGCCGUCAGUCGGACAAGGGACAUGGAGCCAGCAGAAUCUCCCGGUUCCGGGGACUGGAAGCACCCGAAAUGGGCCGCCUCGAAACCCGACGAAGAGUCAUCUUCGAGCGGCUACACGUACCAAUCGCUAGAACUGGACGACACCAUCUCCGAAGAAAAGGAGCAGUUCAUGACCGUGAAGAUCACCAUCAGCGAAGACAAAGUCUUUACGCAUUCGUACAACGAAAACAUCGAAGUGAGCGAUUUGAAACACUCUUUGGUCGAAGUUUUCAACAUACCUUCCGACCACAUGAUCCUCCGCAUGGAGAAAGACGUGUUGACUGACGACAUGGUUUUGAAAGAUCUCGGAGCGGAGAAGUGCGGGGUGCUGGAGUUCGUGUUGACUUCUACGAAUCCGGACGACGUCCUUUCCGUGGACCAAGCGUACAGGAGUUUUUAUGUAGUACCGGACAUUUUGACUGUUCGAGUGCAGACGUCGGACGAAGGAAUUAAAGACGUGGUGGUCGAAGUGGUGAACAAAGCUAUAACUAAGCCUUUUUUGGGCGGCUACUUCGACAAGUGCUCGGGGUUGGAGUACCAUCACGGGUACACGCAGACGCCGCCUCCGAAACCCAAAGUCCCUCCGGAAAUGAAAAGUCAUAGAGAUACGCAGACUUACGACAUGAGAAACCGGAAGAUAGAUUUGCCGUAUGCUCAGGCGACGCAGAUGGCCAGGCAAGAUUUGUAUAUACCGAGCGUUGGGGAUAAGAUAUUGACAGCUGGACCGUACGAAACGGCCGAAGAAAGGGAAAAGAGGCUGGAUAUAGAGGGGAAAGUGCGGACCAUUCAGCGCUACUUCAGGGCUUGGCUGACUAAAAAAAGGUUGAAGAUGUAUCACGAAGAGUAUCAGAAGAGGUUGCGCUUGAUGCUCGAAAGAGAAGCUGAAGAGAAGAGAGAAGACAUGGAGCGAAAGAAGAAGGAUUUGAUCAGUCGCGUUUUCCCCAGGACGGCGGCCGACUUCUCCAUGUUGUACGCCAUGACAGAACGUUGGAAGAAAGCGGAAAUUAAAAGAAUCAUAGAGAUGCACUGCGGUCCUGCUCGAAUCGCCGAAUUCUACCUUCUCUUAGAGAAAGAAAUCGAGAUCUUGCGGUCAAUCGAAGCCUUGAGAAUCAAGCUGAAGAACGACAGGAAGAUACAGCGCGAAAUCGACUUCUUCAAAACAAUCGGAGACCCCUGGACUUUCAAGUCCAGCUACAAAAACAUCCCGGUGGAAGUGGACACUCUCGAAACGCAGAAAGGACGAACGUUCCGUGACUUGUACCAAGCGGUCUGCGACAUGUCUCUGGACCCUUCGAACAGGAUGUUGGUUCUUCUGGAGCUACGACGCGGGUUCGAAACGCACACCUGCGCGGUGUCGAACGAAGUCAUAGAGCUCAUAGACCGAGCUUGCGAACUCCUGGCCAGGGGGUUUACGGCGGGACAGUUCGAGUCGUUGCAGAAGAGGAUCGAAGCGUUGCUGCUGCACCACUUCGAACUACCCGAGUGUAACGAGGGAGUGACGAACCGCUAUAACCGACUUUCUGAAAAGUCGAUGACACAGAAUCUCUUCUAUUGCGAAGGUUGCCACAAACUCAAACCGAUCGAAUCGUACAACGUCGGUAUUAAGACCAGGGCUCCUAAAAUUUGCGCCACUUGUAAAUUCAUCGACCGCUCGAAGGAGCCCUGGAUCGAUAUUUCUCCGUAUCGGUUCAUUCUUCGGCAGAUUAGAAAAACCGAGCGGCUGCUGCAUGCUCCUUCGUCCAUCGCGUUUAUUAUCCAAGACAAAGAUAUUUAUCAUAUAGUCACGCACAUCUGGCACGGUCACUCUGCUUUAUCUGAGUGCGAUAAUGUGUAUCAGCUGCGUCUGCCUAGGUGGGAUAAAACGAAGGAUUGGGCUCCGUGGAACUGCAUCCUUCUUACUCUAGAGGAAGCUAAAUCUCAUCUGAGAAUAGAACGGCUGGAGGACGUUUACGACGAGAACCUCCUCAGCCAGGUGUUUAACAAACACGCACUGGCGAAGAAAUAUUUCGCCCAGAGUUUCGACAUAGAGAAGUGCGUCAAGGAAACGUACGUCGACGACGAGUAUGUCAAUUUGUACGAAGAACAAAAGAAACUGUGUCCUUAGUCCAAGUAGCAAUAAAGCAAUCGAUCAAA